UAGGACGAGGAAAUGGCCAGGGUAUUGAAGGAGCAUGUUGCCUCGCAACCAGCGUCUAGUUACAGCUACUGAGUGUACAUAUCCCACUUUUUCUUUUCUUUCUUUCUCUCUUUCUUUCUUUAAUGUUUUAUAAAAAACGAAGACAGAUGGUUUUUUUUUCUGGAAAUAAAGUGAAAGUAAGAGACUUCUAAAGCGAGUUUAGAAGUAGAAGAAGAAGAGGAAGAAGCGAGUUAACUUACCCAACCGGGGAACCAUGUCACGCAACACCUCAAAAAAUCAAGCUGAAAAGGUCACAUCAGCCAAGCCUCCACCUCCAACUCAAGCCGAGGACGUGGAGGACAGUGUGGACCUGGGAUGUCUUACCAAGUCUGAGUUUCUGACUAUGAUAGCUCACGAAGAAGGAGAGGAAAUUGUGUCAGAUAUUCUGGAUGAACUCAUGACCAAUGUGAUGGAGAAGUGUUAUGAAGUGUAUCUUAAGAAACAGAUAGUGCCAUUCACUGCUGCCUGGGCAAAGAAUACCAUACUCCAGAUGGUAAAGUGGCAGUACCUUAUGCGUGAUGAAGGCGAUGAUGUAGACACAACCUCUCUCCUGCAGGAAGACACAGCACCUGCACCUUCAAUUCCAGAUUCCUGGGCUGAAGGCUGUGUGCCGGUUAUUAAAAUCUCAAAUCAUUUACAGAGGGUUAAGACUGAUGCACAGGAAGCUAACAUUAAAGAUCCACAAAAAAUACUGGAAGCCCAGUCAAUAAACAAAACAGAAUCUCCCCCAGGGAAACCGAGACGAAACAGCAGGACUCUGAAAGUAAUCCCUGCAUCUCAUGCAAAGAUGGAACUGGAAAGAAAACCACAUCCACCUGAGACACGUUCAUCAAACAAACUGAAACCUCCAGAAACACAGAAUAUAUUGCGGUAUUAGGCCAUAUUGGGUGAAGAUUUUUCCAACCACAAGUCCACAAGAGCUAUUCCAGGUGCCUCAGCACAUCCUGGCCUAUGAAAGAAUUAUGCUGGAGGACAACUUUUAUCCUUGAGAGGGCUUGGAACCACACAGUGGCUUAAGUGUUUCUUAUUUACAAUUAGGAGAUGCUAGCCAACCAAAACAUGCUUCAGUUCAGGGGCCCAAUGAGAGACAGUUCAAACGUUCAUUGUUUACUUAUAAGCUGAUAGUUCAUUAUUUUAAUUAGUAAAUUCUCAACAAGUGGCUCCUAAAAUAAUAAGCAUUUAAUACUUAUGCACAGAAAAUAAGUUCAUUUUUAAUGUCUUAGUCAACCUACUGAUUUUUAAAAUACACAGUGGCUGUUUUUGGUGCUAUAUUGUAAUUGCAGAGAUGUCAAACUAAUGAAAAUAUCUGAAUAAGACAGUAAAAACAAAAAUAUUUACUUUUCCAAAAACAUUUCUUAGCUUUGAAGAUUUAAGAUUCAACAUAACAAUUCAACUUGCUGUAUAUUUUUCUAAAUUGAUGGACCAGAUUUUAUAACCUAAAUUGGGUUAUAAAGCAUUUCUCUGCUUUAUAUGCUGUAUAUGUUUUUAAAUAGAUUUUCAGUUCCUA